AUGUGGAAUGCUAUUAAUACCGAGCUGGGGCGGUCGCCCCGUGAGCGAGUGGACUAUACAGACCUGCUGGUGGACGGCGCCGGGGUCCCGUAUGCCACGAAACAGCUCGCCGUGGACGCGCUCAACCGCGAGUUCGUGACGGCCGCGACGGCGUGUGGCGCGCCCGCUGCCGACCGCGCCAUCUCAAUCACCACUUUAACACAAGAGCGUACCGCCAGCGACUGCUCAAUAAGGCUCAGACCUUUUUCACCAGACGAAGUAGUUCAGAUAUUUAAAUCAUGUAUAGCACCAAAAAACAGUACUGACGUGUACGGCCUAUCUGCCAAUCUCCUAAAGCAAGCCAGCCCGGCGGUAUCGUAUGCUUUAUCUCAGCUAUUUAACUGCUGCAUUAGAGAAGGUGUUUACCCGGAGAGCUUGAAAAAGGGAUCGUGCCUCUCCAACACACUGUUCAGUAUUUUGCUGAAUGACCUGCCGAAAACGGUAAAAGGCGCUCAAAUUUUUAUGUACGCCGACGACGUAACGGCGAUAGUAAGCACGACCUCCGAGCAGGAGUUGGAGAGAGCACUAAACGGUGUAAUGAAUCAGCUGUAUGUAUGGUUCCAAACCAACGGUUUGGCCCUUAAUAAGGAAAAAACGUCCUUCAUGACCAUCAAACUGAACGGCCAUGCCAGCUCACCCCUGAGAGUGUGUGCGGGCGGUGCCCCUAUACAGCAGGUGACCUGCACACGCCUCCUCGGGUUCCAGCUGGACAGUGCUUUAACAUGGGAAGCACACGUUGACGAGCUGUGCGGCAAGCUUGGGCGAGCGUGUUUCGCGCUGCGCAGGCUUACGCACACCGCGGGAAAGUCCGCGACGCUGACUUUCACCUCGCCCGCAGCCGAAUUGUAUCGAUUUUCGUGCGAACUCGCACCUGUCGGCGUCCAGUUUCAAUACAGCCCUAAUAGAGCGGGCGUAGAAAAUUAUACCGAAAUGUACGUGGAAAUCUCGCAUAUUUCCCUAAAUUAUGCAUGGGGCGAGUCGCUGCUCUCUUUGCCGAAGCGAUGGCUCAGCCAGCAGGGGGACGAGGACGAGUACGAAAACGUCCAGCUCCCGAAGUUGCCCGUCCCAGAUCUCCAGGCGACCCUGGAGACUUACGUAGACAUGGCUACAGCCGUCGUCUCCAGCGCUUCUCAGCUGGAACACACCAGGGCCCUGGCUAAGGCGUUUCUGGAAGACCCAGGGCCGAAGCUGCAGGCGGAACUGCUGCAGAGACGCGUGGAGAUGGACAACUGGGUGACAGACUACUGGCUGGAAGACCUGUACCUGAAGGUGCGGCUGCCGCUGCCUAUCAACUCCAAUCCUGGCAUGGUCUUCCCUGGCAGAAAGUUCGCCAAAGUCGACGAGGUUGCCGAUCUAGCUGCACUGUUCAUUGAUGACCUGCUGGAUUAUAAGGAGAUGCUGGACAGAGGCGAGCUCCCUCUAGAACGAGCCACCAGCCGCGAAAAGGGCCAGCCUCUCUGCAUGGCGCAGUUCUACCGCCUACUGGGCGUCUGCCGCAUCCCACAGCUGGGCAAAGACCGUCUGGAGCUCCCACCGAUGCGUCCAGAAGGGGAGCAGGAGGAACUGGUCGUUGUGGCUUGCAGGAACUAUUUCUAUCCCAUCCCAGUGAAAGCUGCCGACCGCGGACGUCUCACCCCUGGCGAGAUUCAAGCACAACUUCUGAUGGCCAUGGUGGAUGCAGCGGGGGCCCCGUCGGCACCCCGCGUUGGGCUUCUGUCUUCACUGCCGAGAGACGCCUGGGCUAGAGCGAGGGACAUACUCUGUGAAGACGAGACCAACCGUCACAACAUGGAGCUGAUCUCCCGCGCACUCUGCAUCGUGUGCCUGGACGAGGCUGGGGGAGACAGAGCAGACGUCGAUAGUGACACCAACGCGUUCUUGCGAGCCAUGCAUGGAGCAGGGACUAAGCAUCACUCUGCCAACCGCUGGUUUGACAAGACUGUGCAGCUGAUCAUCUCCUCCGACGGCACCGUGGGAAUGUGCUACGAGCACAGCGCAGCCGAAGGCGUGGCAGUCGUUCGUCUGGCUGAACGGGCUUUAGCUCGGGCUGCGGUGGCGGCCCGCCCUGCCCCGCCGCCUGCUCUUCUACCUGCCCCGCAAGCCAUGAAGUGGACCCUCACGACGGAUGUGGAGAGGAUGAUUGAGCAAGCUGGGAGGGAGAUUGAUCGCAACAUCGCAGACCUGGACGUGAAGGUGUACACGUACAAGGGCUACGGCAGGGAGUACAUGAAGAGCUGCCGCACCAGCCCUGACGUCUACAUCCAGCUCGCCAUGCAAUACGCCUACUUCAAGAUGUACGGUCACCUGGUGCCAACGUACGAGUCAGCCUCCCUUCGUCGCUUCCUCGAAGGUCGCGUAGACAACAUCCGCUCCGCACCCCCCGCCCUCGCCUGGGCCAAGGCCAUGUGCGCCGACGAGACCCCGCCCCUCUCCGAGGCCGAGGACAGCCACAAAAAGGUGUCUUUUAAUUUAUAUGGGGAACAGAAGAAACUGGAACUCUUCGACGAAGCAGCGAAGAAGCAGACCGCCAUAAUGGAAGCCAACAUCCUCGGCCGGGGCAUAGACAACCAUCUUCUAGCGCUGCGAGAAACGGCGCGAGCGCAGGGACCCUUGCCGGACCUCUUCACUGAUCCCACCUACAAGUUGAUGAACGAAUUUAAGCUGAGCACUAGUCAGGUUGCCACCACCACCGACGGCACGUUCAUGGGCUACGGAGCGGUCGUCCCCGACGGCUACGGCUGCUGCUACAACCCCAAGAAGGACUCCAUCAUCUUCUGCAUCUCGUCCUUCGUGUCCUCCAGCGUCACCAACACGGAGGCCUUCCGCCAGUCGCUGGAAGAGGCACUGGACUCCAUGAAGCUCAUGUUCCAACAUCGUCAGAAUUAAACUGGAGCAUAGACUAAAUAUAAGAAGAUCAUACCAUCCCAUACAUUAAAAUGCGACC